AUGCCUGUGAUAACUAAUGUUUCGAUGACAGCUGAUCUCUUUGAUAUGAUUGGUUUUAUUGAUUUAAGAAAAUUGUGUAACAACUGUUGUAAUUGUGUAUAUCACAAUUACCCAUUUGUGAGAGUAAUUAAACGGUAUCGUAACCCUAAUGCCACGGUUAUGAUAUACGACUCUGGUAAACUAGUAUGUGUUGGCGCAAAAUCAAAAAAUGAUGGUCGAAUAGCAUUACGAAAGACUGCUCGCAUAAUACAAAAACUCGGAUAUGACAUCAAAUUACAUAACUUACGUGUGACUAACAUUGCUGCGUCACAUGACCUGAAAAGCGACUUGAAUGUAGAGAAAUUAAUGAAUCAAUUUAAUUGGAGCAAAAAGGGAAAAUGA